AUGAGAUAUGGGUCGGUAUAUCGAGUAUGCUCGAUUUAGAAACACUCAAGUCAUUUGCACUCAGUUGCAAACAAUUUAACGCUAUAUUUAACAGUGUAGAGAUACAAUACCGUUAUUAUCUCGAGAUAUAUAACUACUGUGAUAAAACGAAGGAUACACCAGAGGCGAUCUACAAACGUUUAACUAAAUUAAAGAAUUUACAGAACAAUCUGAACAACUUCAAUGCCCAACAGCACCACGUCCUUGUACGCGAUCACAAAUCAGCACUCCAGGCGAAAGUUGACCCAAAUGGAAUUCCUUAUCGCAAAAGAGAACUCCAUUCAAGCUUGAGAGUCUUAAGGGAUGGCUACUUUAUUGUAUCCUCCCAUGGUAAUACCUUUGAGCUCUACAAAUUGCCAAAAUCAGAUGGUGAAUCAACAGAUAAGGAGCUCAACAAUGUGUCAGCGUUGUACCCAUCGGUUGUUAAGUUAGAACUUGGCGAGAGGUACUCUGUGCAGGACUUUGAUCUUGAUGUAGAGAACGAUUUGAUCGUCUGUUGCAUCAAAGAACACCAGGAGAAUAGAAUGUUACAGUUUUACUUCCAUUUCUUCAGUCUCUCAGCCGCUCUUAAUACAAAGCAUGCUGUUCAGCAUCCAAUCGCUUCAACAGCAUUCACUCACAACCUCCUUCGCGCAUCAGCCGCUGCAUCUUUCCAGAUACAACUCAAUGGUCCACAUUUAGCGGUACAAUUCAAUGAAAGAGAACAUCAAUCAUUAGUUACUGUUUGGGAUUGGACUAAGCAGAUGGCGUUGGAAGCAGUCUAUAGUGAUAACGUUAACUUAUGCGAGGCAGCUGCAUUCCUCACAUCAGAUAUUCUCGCUCUUGCGGUGGUUGUUCAGAAAACAGGUAACCCUGUUAUUCAGUGUGUUCAACUCGAUCCUACACAACAGCAAGAUGUCGCUAAGAAGUAUGAGUUUGGUGUACAAGCUGUUCCAUCUGGGGUAGUUGAUUCAGGAGGUUUCCGCAUUCUCAGUGAAUUCCAAAUGUACAAUGACGGUUUAGGUAGUAGAAAACACGUGCCAUUUAUCUUCGCAGAGCCAGUAGUAUCUCACACAACAGAUGCGUCACUCAAUAACAGAGGAUCAAUUCAGCCAACUGAGGAAUCAGGAUUUCUUUGUAUAGAGGUCGUUACCCUGGAUAACUUCCUCGAUGGUAUUUUCCCGGCCACAUUCAUAGUUCAAAAGAAGAAGCUGCUUGAUAAUUUGGUUGAGAGAAAUCCAAUUGGUUAUCGCGUAGGAGAAGAUGGGGAGGGCACUGUUGAUGGCUCUUUCCCUGCUGAAUUUCUCUCAGAUUCUACGAGAGUAACUAGUGAGCCAAAAUCUGUAUAUCCAAUGUAUGGCACACGCUUCUGCAACGUUCCAAAGAUCAACAUGAUAGAGCUUAUAGAUUUCAAUCCUCGCUUAAAGUAUAGCAAACCUGAUAAACUGGAUGCUGAUAUGAACGCUUUAGUCGAGGGUCGUCAAAGAAGACUCAAUAGGUAUAUAGAUAAGCACCUUUCUGGUAACACUUUAACUGAAGAUAGCUAUGGGGAACCAGAGAUGCUGGAGAUACUUGUCAAUAGAUUACGGAAUGGAAUAGACAACCUUGAACAGGAGGCUGGGAUAGGGGGACGACCACAUCAGAAUCCAGCGCAUCCAGGUGAUGAUAAUGAUAACAGUGACGAUGACGAUUUCCUCGAUGGAGAGAGUGUUGAAUUGGAAUCUGACGAAUCAUUCGAAAACAUGGAGAUGGUUGAGGGUGAGGGUGAAGAACGUGAAGAAGCUGAAGGGGAAGAGGAAGAGGAAGAGGAGGAGGAUGACUUGGAUAAUUUGGAUGAUAUAGGUGUCAUGCAAGAGAUUGAUAUUAGUGACGUGAGUGACGAAGAGGAGCGCAACAUGGAGAAUCUCCAACCAGGAGGAACGAACGAGUCUACGCAUGCAGUUGAUCAGCCACCUGAAAGACAAGUACUUGUUAAAGGCUCCAAACAAUCUUUGGAUAUCUCAGUAGACCAAAAUUUGGUUACAUACUCUGACAAGUCGGUAAAGCAAACUACCUUGCCGUUCAAAUUGCCCUACCGCACUGUUAUAAGCUAUUCGGAUCUCGGUAUUGAAAGUGUUAUGAUAGACAAAGAAUGUCUCAUUUUGGAGACGUUCCACGAGGUAUUCCACAUCUUGACAUUUUAGACAUUAAAUCUAUUUCACAUGCAUUUGCAAUUAUGAUUAUACAACUUUUCCACAUUAUGUGUCUUCCUGAUGAACAGAAGAAUGUUCGUAUUGGCCAAAUACUGGGUAUAAAGGCAUAUAAGAUAUGUCAUGGAUCGUCUUUAGAUGUCUUAUACUUUCGUUAGGGGCAUUGAUUUUGCUAUCCUCUGAGAGAAUAUCGUUGUCAUUUGUAGAGAGAUAAUC